AUGGGAAGCAGGUGCCUGACUCUGCUCGCCGGUCUCAGUGUCCUGCUGGCUCUGUCAGGGUCAGAAGCGAAAAAUCCCGGAGGUGAGUCUAUGAUGGUCAAAGCUUUCUGUCGUCCAUGCCCUGAAAAUGCCAGCUGCUCCAGCAGUACCCACUGUGCCUGUAAGGAUGGGUAUCAGUCUGUGUCUGGGAAGAAGGAAUUUACUGACGCUAAUGAGAAAUGUGAAGAUAUCAAUGAGUGUCAGAUGGGGCUGGCAAAGUGCAAGCAAAUAUCAUAUUGCCAAAAUGAAAUUGGAAGCUACUACUGCAGCUGUAUCCCAAAAUUUCGUUUCUUAAAUUGGAUGGCUGGUUUGUUUAGAUUCAAUCAUGCAGAAUGUUAUGAGGACGCUGGUAAGGGGACACAGUCAUCUGAGAACAUUUGGUCAACUCUAAGGAACAAUAGAAGCAAGGAGUACAUUGCCAAAGAGGCUACUCAGCUACUUGAAAGGAUAGAAUUGGCCAUAUGGAAUGACAGUUUUACUUCUCCAGGAAAGCACAAAAAUCCUGUCUUUGACAUAGUCUAUGAAACCAAGAGAUGCAAUGAGACAACUGAGAAGACUGUUUUGGAAGCUGGAAAUAACACAAUGGCUAUUGACUGCACUAGUGCUUUCAAAGGACCUACAAGAGUAAAUAAUGUGGCAUUUAUCACUUACCAGUCUCUUGGGGAUACUCUGAAUGGAUCCUUUUUCAGUGACAGAAAAGGAACACUGGACAUAAAAAUGAACUCUCAUAUUGUGAGUGGCACCAUUGGUAUGGAGGGAAAAGUUCCUCUGUCUAAACCUGUGUUCCUGACCUUCAAACAUACUCAGCCUGGUGAUGCGAGAAUGAAAAAUUUGUGUGUGUACUGGAAAAGAUCACAGGAGGGAGGCAGCUGGUCAACGGAGGGCUGCACUCUCAUGGGCAGCAAUGAUUCUUACACCAAAUGCAAAUGCUUCCACCUUUCCAGCUUUGCUGUCCUCUUCGCUCAUGUUCCUAAGGCAGAUCCCACCCUGGCUGUGAUCACCCACGUGGGGCUGAGCCUCUCCCUGCUGUGCCUCCUCCUGGCGGCCCUCACCUUCCUGCUGUGCAAAGCCAUCCAGAGCACCAGCACCUCCCUCCUCCUGCAGCUCUGCAUCUGCCUCUUCCUGGCGCACCUGCUCUUCCUCACAGGGAUUGAUCAAACUGAGCCACAGGUGCUGUGCUCCAUCAUCGCAGGGGUAUUGCACUACCUCUACUUGGCCGCCUUUACCUGGAUGUUCCUCAUAGGGCUGCAGCUCUUCCUCACUGUCAGGCACCUCAAGGUGGCCAACUACACCAGCGCAGACAGAUUCAUGAAGUGGUUCAUGUACCCUCUAGGCUAUGGGAUUCCAGCUCUGAUCGUGGCUGUGUCUGCAAUAGUAGGACACAAAAAUUAUGGAACAUAUACUCACUGCUGGCUCAAUCUUGAUAAAGGGUUCAUCUGGAGCUUCAUGGGGCCAGUGGCCAUCAUUAUCUUGAUAAACUUCAUAUUCUACUUCCAAAUUCUGUGGAUUUUGAGACGCAAAAUUUCCUCCCUCAAUAAGGAGGUUUCCACCAUUCAAGACACCAGAGUCAUGACAUUUAAAGCCAUUGCUCAGCUGUUUAUCUUGGGCUGUUCUUGGAGCCUUGGUUUUUUUAUGGUUGAUGAAGUUGGGAAGACAAUUGGGUUGAUAACUGCCUACUUGUUCACCAUCAUCAAUGUCCUGCAGGGGGUUUUGCUCUUUGUGGUGCACUGUCUCCUUAAUCGCCAGGUGCGAAUGGAAUACAAGAAGUGGUUUAGCAGGAUGCAGAAAGGUGUCGAAACUGAAAGCACUGAGGUCUCUCGCUCUACUACCCACACCAGAGUGGAGGAACCUGGGAAGUCAUCAGAAAUCUUUCACAAAGGAGGCACUGCGCCUGCCCAGCCCCAGCCUGGGACUCCCCCUGUCAUUGUGCUUUGGCGACAAAAAGAAAACUGA